AUGCAUCCCCCCGAAAUAGCAGAGCACACCGGCGAGCAGCCAUUCGUUGUUCGCUGCCACGGCUAUGAAAUGGAUGGCAAGUGCCAGAACUGCACCCGGAGAGGGGACGACUGUGUCUUUUGGUUCGGGUCUGCGUCCAAUCUGAUCACUGCCAUCCCGGUGUCAGCGUUGUCAGGAUGUGUUCCUCCAGGCACUCAAGUGCUUGGGACAUAUGGGCAGCCACUUACGCCAGACACUAUUUCGGCAUCUUCACCAUCCCAUCCCACUCAUCAGCAUUCUGCCGCACCUCCCCGUCCGGCGAACUGCUACGCAUUUGUCCAGUCACCCACAAAAUCUCUCUCGCCCUACGUCGAUGCGAGAAGUGGCAAUGGUAGCCAACUUGUGGAGAAACGCCGUCGCCUGGGGUCAGAUGAACAAGAUCACGCUUAUAGACCGCCUCCCCAACUAAGUGCAGUGGACGAGAACCGAAGAAGAAGAUCUCCAGCCGAGUAUUUGAACCAUAUCGAAGCAGAUGGGGUAGGUUGCCGUCCGUAUGGAGAUGCGCGACAGAUCCCACAAAGCCCAGCAAGUGGCUGUCUGCCGCAGGUGGCGACCGCAACAACCAAUAGUUAUGCAGUUCCUGCAUACAAUGGUCGUUCUUCGACAGGCUACAUUGGGUCAAGUGGUGCAUCUACCCUUGCAAGACAGGAAUGGCAGCCCCAAGGAGGAGAUACUUUGCUCAUGUGCCCGAAACAUGUAGCAAACAAGAGCGAUAUUGACAAGACUAUGAUUGGCAGGCUCGACCGACCUGCGUUUGGUCAAUUCGACCGAUGA